CGUUUUCCUCACACUCUCAGAGACAGAGAGAGAGAGAGAAGAGAGAAGAGAAGCAGCAGGGUCUCAUGGCUAAGCACCUUCUUUCCCAUCUUCCUCUCCACACUCACUCCUUCCUCCACUACGGUGCCGUUUUGUAGCUUCUCCUCUGUUAAUGCCGCAACCACAUUCCUCCAAUCUCUCACCGACACUUUCUUUAGAUUCUACAGAAGAAGAUAGUAUUUGUUGAGGAGGUUUUCAAUGGAGCAUUACGAGGUUCUUGAGCAGAUUGGGAAAGGUUCUUUUGGUUCAGCUCUUCUUGUGAGGCAUAAGCAUGAGAAGAAACUGUAUGUUUUGAAGAAAAUCAGGUUGGCUCGGCAGACUGGUAGAACAAGAAGAUCUGCUCAUCAAGAGAUGGAACUAAUCUCAAAGAUUCGAAACCCAUUUAUCGUCGAAUAUAAAGACUCUUGGGUUGAAAAAGGAUGCUAUGUGUGCAUUGUUAUAGGCUAUUGCAAAGGCGGUGACAUGGCUGAAGCAAUAAAGAAAGCCAAUGGAGUAGAAUUCUCUGAAGAGAAACUCUGCAAGUGGCUGGUACAACUCUUGAUGGCUCUUGAAUACUUGCACGCCAGUCACAUUCUCCAUCGUGAUGUCAAGUGUUCAAACAUAUUCUUGACAAAGGAUCACGAUAUACGUCUAGGUGACUUUGGACUUGCCAAGAUCUUGACAUCAGACGACCUUGCUUCUUCAGUGGUUGGAACACCAAGCUACAUGUGCCCUGAGCUUCUUGCUGACAUUCCCUACGGAUCAAAGUCUGAUAUUUGGUCAUUAGGAUGUUGUAUGUAUGAGAUGACAGCUCUGAAACCAGCAUUCAAAGCCUUUGACAUGCAAGGGCUGAUCAACAGGAUAAACAGAUCCAUUGUUGCUCCACUUCCUGUGCAAUAUUCUAUUGGCUUUCGAGGUCUUGUAAAAAGCAUGCUGAGGAAGAAUCCAGAACUCAGACCAAGCGCUUCUGAUCUUCUCAGACACCCGCUGCUUCAGCCCUACGUUCAAAAGGUACUUCUCAAGGUGAGCUACCGUGGACAAGAUGCAUUGUCUGGUCAGUUACCAGAAUCUGAAUCCGGGAGGAGAAGAAGCUAUCCUGAGCAGAUAAGGCUUCCUUCUGGCAAAUGCAAGAGUUAUGGUCCAAGCAGGUUUGAGGUUGACCAGGAGGAUUCUGUUUCUUCUGUUAAACCUGUGCACACGUACUUGACCAGACGCAGGCCAGUGGAUUUGUCUACCAAGGACAAUGGUGGAGUUCGUAGACCAGCUGCUUCCAAAACUUCAGGGGUUUCUUACAGUUCGAGAUGUGUGCCAGUGAGAUCAAGCCUGCCUAAGAGUGGUGGUCUGAAGCCAGCAGCAACGACUCGUAGAGCCUCUUUACCCGUCUCACAUAAACCUACAAAAGGAACAAAAGACACUCUCUACACUCCAAACAUCGGUAUACUCCAUCAACUAAACUCUCCAGACGUGUCUGUAAACUCACCAAGAAUCGACACAAUCAAGUUCCCACUAGCUUCAUACGAAGAAAUGCCUUUCACUCCCGUUGUUCGCAACAAGAAGAACAAAGGAUCUUCCAAAGGAUCAUACAGCCCUCCUCCAGAGCCACCACUAGACUGCUCAAUCACGAAAGACAAGUUCACGCUCGAAGAACCAGAACGUGAAUCCAAAAGCGUCUUCUCUGAUCAGAAUGCAACUGCCGGAGGAGCAUCAAGCAGAGCUUCCUCAGGUGCAUCAAGGAGUAGACAAAGAUUUGAUCCCAGCUCAUAUCAGCAACGUGCUGAGGCGCUUGAGGGGUUGCUUGAGUUCAGUGCGAGAUUGCUUUUGGAUGAGAGGUAUGAUGAGUUGAAUGUGUUGCUGAAACCGUUUGGUCCGGGGAAAGUGUCGCCUAGAGAAACAGCGAUAUGGUUGUCUAAGAGCUACAAGGAAACUAGUACUAGUAAGCAGGAAGGUUAAGUUCUUUUUUUGAAACUUGUUGAGGGGAUGAUGCUUCUUCUUCCACGAUUUGUUAGAAGUUGUUUGACACUUAGGCUGUGUUCUUUGAAGCUAACACACUGUUAUCUGAUGAUAAAGUGAGAUCAAAAGAUACAGGUUUCUGUUAUCUCUGUAAUAGUUAUUCGAAUUAGAACUUGGUUUAGAACUUAUGAACCACAUAGUUCAAGUAAGAAGUAUAAAUUGCAUUUUAAGUAUUUACAUUGUUGAUG